UUCUGUCCAUGGUACUGAAGGUUGAACUCGAACUGUCCGCUCAAUGUUUUCUCUCCGCGGUGCUGAGUUGGUCCGAGCGACUGGGUCGUCUUCUUCUCGCCGAACUGGCUGAGGGAUGGAGGCCAAGUUCUAAAGGCACGACUCGAGGGCUCCACUUCACGUCGCUAAGCGAAGCUGGCGAUGUCGACGAGGAGGGGGAGGGGAGGGCAUUAGGCUGAACCUAAGAUGAGCCAAGACACAUCAGAGACACGAACACGAACCCGCUCCAAAAGCAUUCGAGUUUUGUCUGAGCUCUCAGGACAUGACAUGAAGCAUGAGUUGAGCAGCAGUUGUCCAACCCCAGGCUGUGAUGGAAAAGGUCAUGUCAGUGGAAGAUACUCAAGACAUAGAAGUGCGCUGGGAUGUCCAACAGUAAAGAAGAGAAAGCUGGAGGAGGCAGAAGCUGAGGACAACCUGUCUUCACCAAAGAAGAAGGGUCAGUCUGCCUCAAUGGAUGCAGAAGAAGACUUAGCCGUACACAACGAUGAGGACGAGGAAGAAGAGGAGGAAAAUGAGAACGACGAGGAAGACAUCCAAGAGGAGAAAACUACAAAUAGCAGACCAGAAUCAAUAAAAAAAAACGCCUGCCAGUUAUUUAAAGAAGACACGGUGGUUGAAGAAACAGUUGUUUGUACUACAACUAAGGAUGAAGAGAACAUCACCCUGGAGGUUGAAAAUGAAGUUGUCGCUGAAGAAACUGGCUGCAAUGAGAAACUGGUUAGGGAAGAACAACUGUCUGACGACGAUCAAGAAAAAACAGAUACUGUACCAGUAAAUGAUACACAAGAGGCAGUAGAGCAAACUCAGAGGGAUCUCGACAGAAAUGAUGUUGAAAAAGAAGAGGACGACUAUGACGACGACGAUGAAGAAACAGAAGAGCGGGUUGAAAAAACAAACGGCUUUGGAGGGGACAGAGAAAUGGAAAGACAGCCAAUAAGCCAGGGAAACACAGAUCAUCAGUAUUCCACUGGACAUUAUGUUCAUCAUCAAGUCAACUUGUCAACACCGGACCAGAGAGAGAGUGAGCAGAAAGAAGAAGAGGAAGAUGAGCUUCAGGUCCAAAGAGUGGAAACUCCUUACUCUAUGAGUCCAUGCAGUCAAGGAUCUCAGGAGUCUCUUGAGGACGAAAAAGUCUGCUCACCUAGGACUGAGGACGAAGCAUACGAAGCGGAGAAGAAGGGAGAAAAUGCAGAAUCAGAAUCAGGAAAACUGGAGCACGUAGAAGUAGAGGAGGAGCAGGAAGAAGAGGAGGAAGAGGAAGAAGAAGGGGCUGACGACCAAUCUAGCAAGGCUUCUCCAACCACAGUAGUCAUCGAAGUACGUUCUGAAGAGGACGAUGACGACGAAGAGGAUGAUGACGGAGAUGAGCGCGAUUGUAUCUCAGACGGCUCAGGGAUCACUGAUGAUUCAGAGACCUGGGAUAUGACUCGGGGGAACCUUGGGCUGCUGGAGCAGGCCAUCGCCUUAAAGGCCGGGGAAGGGAAAGAGGGGCAGGAGGCUCAGAGCUCCCAGGACUUCCAGUCGUACAACAGCCCCAGCAAAAGCACCGAAGCUCUGGUCCGACGCAGCGGUCACUACAGCAAAGAGAAGAAGGAAGUGAAAUGUCCAACCCCUGGGUGUGACGGGACAGGUCACGUGACUGGACUGUACCCCCAUCAUCGCAGUCUAUCUGGAUGUCCUCAUAAGGAUAGAAUUCCUCCAGAGAUCCUGGCCAUGUAUGAGAACGUCUUGAAGUGUCCAACUCCUGGUUGCACAGGCCAAGGUCACGUCAACAGUAACCGCAACACGCACCGCAGUUUGUCUGGCUGCCCUAUUGCUGCAGCCACUAAGAUGAACAAGAGUCAGGACAAGCAUGUCCAUCUACAGGCUGCGGUCAGUGAACCCACGUCCAACUCUGACAGAGUGCUCAGGCCCAUGUGUUUUGUGAAACAACUGGAGAUCCCUCAGUAUGGUAAUUACGGUCCCAAUGCGGUCACCACUACACCACGAGCAAACCUGGCCAAAGAGUUGGAGAAAUAUUCAAAGGUGUCUUUUGACUAUGCAAGCUUUGAUGUCCAGGUGUUUGGAAAGCGAAUGCUUGUUCCAAAGACAAGCGCCACUGAAACAUCACCCAAAGCCUUCAAAUCUAAAUCCUUCCCUAAGCCCUCCUCCCCGAGCGGGACAGGGUCCGGAGGCAUUUCCAACAGUACUUUGUCCUCCAAUGAUUAUGACUGCAGUCAAGACGCCGAAGCGGCCCAUAUGGCAGCGACGGCCAUCCUUAACCUGUCCACUCGCUGUUGGGAACGACCAGAGAGCCUUAGCGCUAAUCCCAGGGAAACCUGCACCGAGGAGCCUGAUAUUGAAGUGGACGAGAAUGGCACCUUGGAUCUGAGCAUUAAAAAAAACAAGAGAGAAAGCGUGCAGUCUCCGGAGCCUUCGUCGUCCUCGUCCUCAUCUUCUCAACACACGAUAGGUGUGCUAUCUCAGGGGCAUACUCAGCCUGAGUGGGAGGGGCCACUCGACUUUACAAAAUCAAGCGGGGUAAAGGAGGAAGGCCAGGAUGAGGUGGAUUAUACGGCUACCUCGUAUACCUCCUCUGAUGUUGAGGAUGAGGACCAGGAGAAUCUGGAGAACUUGGAGGAGAGGAAGUACCCAGGGGAAGUGACGACAAGCAGCUACAAGGUCAAGUUUCAACCGAAAGACAGCAAAAAGGAGAUCCUUGUAUGUCCCACUCCAGGAUGUGAUGGCAGUGGACACAUAACUGGCAACUACGCAUCACAUCGAAGUCUGUCAGGCUGUCCUCUUGCAGAUAAAUCACUACGGACACUCAUGGCUGCCCACACAGCUGAACUUAAGUGUCCCACUCCUGGCUGUGAUGGAUCAGGCCAUAUCACAGGAAACUAUGCCUCACAUAGAAGUUUGUCUGGAUGCCCCAGAGCCAAAAAAGGUGGAGUCAAAGCAAACCCCACAAAGGAUGACAAGGAAGACUCCGAGUUGUUGAGGUGUCCCGUCCCUGGCUGUGACAGUCUCGGGCACAUCAGUGGAAAGUACGCCACCCACCGCAGUGCUUACGGUUGUCCACUAGCAGCUCGUCGACAGAAGGAGGGUCUUCUUAAUGGCGCUCCCUUCUCCUGGAAGGCAUUCAAGAGCGAGGGUCCCACCUGUCCGACGCCUGGUUGCGACGGCUCUGGACAUGCCAAUGGGAGCUUUCUGACACAUCGCAGUCUGUCAGGUUGUCCCAGAGCACUGGCCAGCAAGAAGAAAGCCAAAUUCCCUGGAGACGAGUACAUCACUGCCAAAUUCAGAGCUAGUGAUGUUCUGGAUAAUGACGAGGACAUCAAGCAGCUCAAUGAGGAGAUCAACGAUCUGAACGAGUCCAAUUCUGAGAUGGAGGCUGACAUGGUCAACCUGCACACUCAGAUUUCUUCCAUGGAGAAGAACCUGAAAAGCAUGGAAGAAGAGAACAAGCAAAUCGAAGAGAAAAAUGAGGCCUUGUUUUUGGAGUUGUCAGGCCUGAGUCAGGCUCUGAUUCACAGUCUGGCCAACAUCAGGCUGCCAAGCAUGCAGGAACCCGUGUCUGAGCAGAACUUUGACAGCUACGUGGAAGCGCUGACUCAGAUGUUCACCAAUAAGGACUGCUACCAGAACCCAGAGAACAGAGCUCUGCUGGAGUCCAUUAACCAGGCCGUCAAGGGGAUAGAGGUGUGAGAGAUUCAAGGAACAUGUUCUCAGUUGGAACAUUGCCAUCUGUUCUUUGUACGGUAUAUAUUUUUCUUGUUCUCGUGUAUUGUUUUCCUGUUUGCAUGUUGCUUUAGGACAAUGAGAGUGGGAAAAGCCGCGAGGACGAUGGCACGCUGCAGUCAAACUGCGCAACAUAUCUGAAGUCCACUCUAUAAUGUUAGUAGUAUUCUGUAAGAUCAUAGUGACGUUCCACCUGCUGGACUAGUCUUUUCUAUAUUCAUUGGUACAAUUGCUGUGUAACUAUUUGUCAUGGAAUAUUGAUUCAUGUUGCGCGUAUGAUCAUGUUUGUCUACUAUUUAUUAUUUAGCAAAGUCCCUGUAAAGUGAAGGUAAACAUGUAUCGUGAAUUUGAAAGAUGUAAAAUGAGGCUUUAAAAGCAGGGUUUCCUGAAAAUGGUCCAAAAUGGAAACGCGCCGAACUGCCAAUCAAAUAUGUAGCAUGUGAGAAUUAAGUGUGGGGGACAAAAAAGUGAUUUGCAAUUGUGCCAGAUAAUCAGUUUUUAGCGUGUGUAAUAUAUUUUGAGACUAAUCUUGUAAUUCGCUUUACAGGGUCUUUACCUAUUUAUUCACUAUUUAUUUUUAACGUGUUGCUUGAGAAUAUUUGAAACCAGGAGACUAAACUCAAGUAAACAUGAGAAGGGAAUCACUUUCCUCUGCACUGAUGAACAAAGGAAAUAUUUUAAGAUAUCAACUAUGAAUUGUUUUAUAAAGUUAUUUAUUUAAAAUACUGCAAUCUUUUUACAGUAAAUGCAAACAUUUUGUAUAUGAAAGUUUUGAAAUAAUUUACUAAUGACUUUUAUUUAUUGAUUUAUUUAUUGGUGCUUGUUUUUAUGAUUUUCACAACUAAUCCAUGUGUUGGAGUACUUUGCAAUUCACUGGGAAUAUUGAAGUGCACAGAUAUGUUGAUGAACAAAGUGAUGUGUGAAACAAAGUCAUGGUGAAUUUAGUUUUGUGUACGUGUGACGAUGACUGUGUGGAUUCUCUUUGCUAGUUCUUCGAAUAAACGUUGAUCAACAUUUUUGGACGGUA